AGGGCGGGCGCGCAGUAGCGGCGGCGGCGGCGGCGGCGGCGGCCGCGGCUGUGGCCGGGGGAAGUGAAUGGUUUUACCCAGAGGGCCGUGCGCCGCCUUUCUCCGCUGGCACGGGCGCCGCUCCGCGCUCCCCCGCCCCGGCCAUGGCGUUCACGUUCGCGGCCUUCUGCUACAUGCUGGCGCUGCUGCUCACCGCCGCGCUCAUCUUCUUCGCCAUCUGGCACAUUAUAGCAUUUGAUGAGCUGAAGACUGAUUACAAGAAUCCUAUAGACCAGUGUAAUACCCUGAAUCCUACAGUUGAAAAGGUCAAAAAGAUUAAAAGAGUCAAAAUUGCAUUAAAGCUCGUACUGCCAGAGUACCUCAUCCAUGCUUUCUUCUGUGUCAUGUUUCUUUGUGCAGCAGAGUGGCUGACACUGGCUCUCAAUAUGCCCCUCUUGGCAUAUCACAUUUGGAGGUAUAUGAGUAGGCCGGUGAUGAGUGGCCCAGGACUCUAUGACCCAACAACCAUCAUGAAUGCAGAUAUUCUAGCAUAUUGUCAGAAAGAAGGAUGGUGCAAAUUAGCUUUUUACCUUCUAGCAUUUUUUUACUACCUAUACGGCAUGAUUUAUGUUUUGGUGAGCUCUUAGAACAACACACAGAAGAAUUGGUCCAGUUCAGUGCAUGCAAAAAGCCACCAAAUGGAGGGACUCUACCAGCGAGAUCCUGUUUCCAAGAGUAGCCUAUGGAAUCUGAUCAGUUACUUUAAAAAAUGACUCCUUAUUUUUUAAAUGUUUCCACAUUUUUUGCCUGUGGAAAGACUGUUUUCAUAUGUUAUACUUGGGUAAAGAAUUCAAAUGGAAUUACGUAUAAAUUAAUAUAAAAUGAUUACCUCUAGUGUUGACAGGUUUGAACUUGCACUCCUUAAGGAACAGCGAUAAUCCCUUGAAUGACUGCAUUAAUUAUUGACUGCCCUUAGUCCAUUGGAAGCUUUUGUUUAUAGGAACUGUUAGGGUUCAUUUUGGUUUUAUUGAAAUGCCAUCUAAUUAUAAAUUAGCAGUAGACACCAGGUGCUUCUGAUGAACUGAAAAUAUAUAUCUGAUCUGUGGGAAACUUCAUAGGUUUCCUCAUCUAUCAUGUAGAUGAUUAUAUAUGGACACAUUUAUAAAAAUAAGAGGGGGAUUUUUCUCCCUUUGACUUGAAUAUUAUUCCUGUAUAUUGCAUGAAUGAGAGAUUUCCCAUAUUUCCAUCAGAGUAAUAUACUUGCUUCAGUUCUUAAGCAUAAAUGAAUAAGAUAUAAAAAUACUUGCUGAAUUACUUGUAAAGAAUGCAUUUAAAGCUAUUUUAAAUGUGUUUUAAGUUGUAAGAUAUUACUUAAAUUGGUUACUAUACUGUUAUACUGUUCUAACUGGUGGUAAAGGUAGUCUUAAGAAUUUGCAAGUACUUUAGAUUUUCAAAACUGAAUUAGAGAGAACAUUGUAUAACCAUCCUGCUGUUCCUUUAGUGCAAUACAAUAAAACUCUGAAAUUAAGACCUAUUUUUGGUGCAUUGUUUUGAAGAUUACAAAUAGCUUUCUAAAACUUGCUCAAUUCAUAAUAAAGAUGUAUUAUUAUACUUUUAAAGAAAGAUAGUGGAGUAUUAUGUUGUGGUUUUCUUUCUUAAGUGACAUACUUGAAUCUAAAGGGAGGAUUUUCGAUGUCUGUACCCACCCUAUUGCCACUUGACAAGGCUUACGGACUUUGACAUCAUUUUUUGUACCAAUUUAAAAAAAUCACGUGGCACUACAAAAUAUUAAUUACUUUUGUUUUUUGUUUAUUUAUUUUUUUUAAGGACAGCAGGGUUUAAGGUAAAAUAACUUGUUCAUUUGUGUGAGGUUUUGCUCCUCUGGGGAGGUAGUAAAUUGUGGCUUGCAUGCAUUCAUAAGCAUUAUUGUGCCCUCUUUGGGAUGAGGACAUUAAGGACUUUGAACAAAGGAUCAAAGAAAACCACCUAGUGAUCAAGGGAGUUGAUGAAGGUGUUUGUGGAGAAGUCUGACUCCUUGAAUUUGAUGUUUUACUCUCUAUGAGUAAAAAAUGUUUCCUCACCUUUGUCAGUGAAUGGGAUGAGUCUGUUAAAGACAAGGAUAUAGAAGCGGAAGAGAGAGGAGACAAACCAUUUCUUGAGAGAAACUAUGAAAACCUUGUACUUUACAGUUCAGAGAUAAUUCUCCAGGGAUUAGAUUGUUGUCAGUGCAUGUAAUUAUUUAUCAAGCACUUACUGAAAAAUUAUGCUCUUAAGGAGCUGUGAUUUCUUUGUGAACUGACUAAUGUAGCAUCUAAUUAAAGCAGAACACAAAACUUUUUUUUUUAAUGGGUCACAAGUAGUUUUGAUCCCAAGACUGAUCAAACUGACGAAGUCUUUUAUAUUCCACAUAAGUUCCUUGAUGGCUAUUUUAAGCUAUUUCUAGAAGUCUAGCCAUUUUAACAAGCUCUUGCUUUCUCCUUUUAAUAAGGUAUUCCAGAAUAUUCUCCAGGAUCAAUACAAGGUUACUGGUUGAAGUUUGUGGAACCAAGUUCUCAUGCUUCAAAAAUUAGAUUUGUCAUAACUGAUUCCUUGUAGGUUAUUGACAGUGGACAUGACCAUCUCAGAGGUAGUUUGUAGUUGAUUGGUUUGAUCAGAGUGCUUGGAUUGUCGAAUAACAUCUUAUCCACCUUUCCCUUAAUGACUGUUCUAUGAAAUUAAAGAGAAAGCAGUAAUAAAAUAUUUGGACUUGACAAUAGCUCACUGGCUCUUUCCAUUGCUCUGAAUUUAAUUUGUCCUGUGUUCACCCCACCCACCACCUGCACCCAGUGUUCUGGGCAGUUGGAGCGGGAUUAUUCCUGCAGGUGCAGCUCAGGCAUUGUUAGCCUGGUGUGUCAUCCUUUUCAGUCUGUCAGACUGCUCCCUGUUGUAUCCGCAGCUGUUCACAUACUCCACCCAAAGAUUUGACAUAUGCUUUGAUGUAUCUUUAGGAGCUUUUCAAAUCUCAGAAACCAAUAGUAUAACAUAUUAUGGCUAUUAUCUAUACCAACAGAUCAUUAUUGCUAUGGGAACUACAGUUUUUCCUGAGCUAUACAUCUUACAUAACACGUGGAGUUUAUUUAGUGGUUAUUCUGUCAAUAAUACUAUAUCACGGUUGUGUGUCUUUUUGUUUUAAGGAGGUGUUGAUAAAUAAUUAGUUGAAUGCCUGUAUCUGAAUUUAUUAAUAAUGUUCACAGUGCUUUACUGAUGAUCCCCACUUUGUAUCCUAGAGGAGAAUUAUGUUCCAGUGUUCAGACAAACUGCUUAUUUGUUUGAGCUUACGAUCAUUUUUCAUUGGAAAGAGGAGAGCUAGGAAAUGAUCAGACAAUCCACUUUUGACAUGUAUUGGGUAUCACUAAGGCAUUUGGAAGACUCAUGGUACAUACCAGUGGUUUUCAGCCUUAUUAAGCCUUCAGAGUGUUGCUGUUGAUUAAAAACUGCUGGUUUGGACAGUAAGCUGUCCAAACCAGCAGUCUGUCUUGGACAGUCCAGACCAAGUUCAGGACCCAGAUGGUGGGUCAUGUACUCACAAAGCAGAGUACAUGAUAGCUUGCCAUGUGUCUCUUUUAAAGUCUGCCCAGUAUUUCUCAGCUUGUGGACUACUUAAUGCUAAUUGCUUUUCUAAAAUGUCAUGUAUUUUCAUAAAAAGGAAAGGGAUGUAGAAACACUUUGAAACUAGCAAAACUAUCUUUAGUCUAGUAUUCUUUUCUUCUAGUUAUUGAUAGCGUUCAUAGGUAUUGCAAUAUGCAAACAAUGACUUGCAUAUAUGAUACACCUUGCACAGGUAGACCUUUGUUUUUGGUGUGUUACAUCAUAGCAUUGUGAUUUAUUAAAACCCAGUCAAAUAAUGAUCUGUAAUAAAAGUAUGCAUCUAGUUUUCUGAACAUAUUUAAUAUUCACAAAUACGCAUCUCAGUUAUAUGGUAAUUGUGAUCAGCUAUUUUGACAACAAAUAUCUACAGGGGAAAAUGAAAAUGUUGACACCUUUUCUAGCAUUGUUCAUUAAAGUACCCAUAUUCAUCCUUUUGGGAAAUUAGUACUAAUGUUUGUCUCAAAUAACUGGAACUCUUGCUCAAACCAGUUAGUUCAGACCAGCAGGUUGAGUCUUAGAUAGAUGCAAGUAUAACUCAGAAGAUGAUUUUGAGUGACUGACUGCAGUGAUGCCAAAAGAAAACCUUUUUCUGUUUUCUGUUUAUCAUAUUGAAUGGUUCUCUUUACAACAAUUUAAAUUUGAUUAAAACUAGGAGCGGAGUUCUAAAGCUGUAUUUUAAGAGUAAAUUCUACUUGUUUUUGGAAAAUAGUAUAAACUCUGCUAGGUGUUGGUCUGUGCAAAUUGGAGUAAAAAUUUUAUUCUCCAUUAAUUUUACGAGUAUAUACUAUGGAAGUGAAGAUAGAGAACAUCUUGGCAUGCAAAAGAAUAAAUUUACUGUACAGUGCUUUUUCUAGAUUUACGUUUCUUAGGUUACUAUGUUCAUGUACUUUGAAGGAGACUACCUUAAAUAAUAAGGUUGGUGAUUGGGUAGAUACUCAAACUAACAAGAGAAACAGAGAAUUCAGCCAGCUUUCUGCUUGUGAUUGGUUGAAAUCUAAGUUAACCUUAAUGAUUUGUACUGCAUUGUCCAAAGAAAAUGUCCUUAAGUAGUGUUACCCUCUUAGCGUCUGUUCACUUUGUUUUGCUUUUAGAAAUUUAAUAAAAUAUGUCUUCAGUGUU